UCGUCCUUCCAUGCUCGCUCGCUUGCAGUAGAUGGAAGGUCGGCGCUGCUCGCUACGCUCUUAACAAAAGUCUUCGGAAUUUCGCAGAGGCGCGCGAAACCGAAACAGAGCCAUUCUUGAAGUGAAGAGGAGGAGGAGGAGGAGGAGGAGGAGAAGGAGAAGAAGGGUGUUCAUUCUUGAAGUGGUAGUCUCUCAUUGAGUUCCUUCGUCUGGUAACAUGGGGGCAGAAGAAGAAAAUCCCGAUUUGACUUCACCGGCCGGAGCUUCUCAAUCUCCGGUCUCGUUGCCGGAUGGGUCUGUUCCGGUCGUUCCUCCCCUGAUCCCUCCCCCACCGGUGGCUCCGGCUUUCGUCGUGCCACCGAUUACUCCAGUACCCACUGCAAUGCCUCCUCCCCCUCCUCCUGCUCUGCAAGUUCUUCGGCCUCCGGUUCCUCUCCCUAUCCGCCCUCCUGUCCUCAGACCGCCCGCGCCAAGAAAUGGGGAGCUCGAAGGGAGCGAUUCCGAUUCUGAUGAGGAUGACACGGAAGCCGCUGGGUCGACUGGUGAAUAUGAGAUCUCGGAAGAGAGCAGACAGGUGAGGGAGAGGCAGGAGAAGGCGAUGCAGGACCUGAUGAUGAAGAGGCGGGCGGCUGCCCUUGCAGUGCCCACCAAUGACAAGGCAGUGAGAGCACGCCUCCGCCGGCUCAAGGAGCCCAUGACCCUAUUUGGCGAGCGUGAGAUGGAGAGGCGGGACCGGCUGCGGAUGAUCAUGGCCAAGCUGGAUGCAGAGGGGCAGCUUGAGACGCUUAUGAAGGCCCACGAGGAGGAAGAGGCUGCGGCAUCUGCUGCUGCUGCCGGGGACGAGAUGGAGGAGGACACUCUCCAGUACCCUUUCUUUACUGAAGGCUCGAAGGCCCUGAUGGAGGCAAGAAGAGACAUUGCCAAGUUCUCCAUCGCGAGGGCCGCUCUGCGCCUCCAGCGUGCCCGGAGGAAGAGGGAUGACCCUGACGAGGAUGUGGAUGCGGAGAUAGACUGGGCGCUGAAGCAGGUGGAGAGUCUAUCCCUUGACUGCAGCGAGAUUGGGGAUGAGCGGCCUCUUCUUGGAUGUUCCUUCUCACGCAAUGGCAAUUUGCUCGCCACUUGCUCGAUGAGCGGGGUAGGGAAACUGUGGAACAUGCCUCAGGUCAACAAAUUCUCUUCGCUGAAGGGCCACACUGAGAGGGCAACUGACAUUGUAUUCUCCCCCGUGGAUGAUCAUCUAGCGACUGCCUCUGCUGAUCGAACGGCGAAGUUGUGGAAUACUGAUGGGACCCUUUUGAGGUCAUUUGAUGGGCACUUGGAGCGUCUUGCUCGUAUUGCUUUCCAUCCCUCAGGGAAGUACUUGGCAACAACCAGCUUCGACAAGACGUGGAGGCUGUGGGAUAUCGAGUCGGGCGAAGAGCUGCUCCUACAAGAAGGCCACAGCAGGAGUGUCUAUGGUAUAGCUUUCCACCCCGAUGGAUCUUUGGCAGGGUCCUGUGGGUUGGAUGCUCUUGCCCGUGUUUGGGACCUCCGGACUGGUAGAAGUAUUCUUGCCUUCGAAGGCCAUGUUAAACCGGUUUUUGGAAUCAGCUUCUCACCCAAUGGAUACCAUCUAGCCACUGGCGGGGAAGACAAUACCUGCAGAAUAUGGGAUCUGAGGAAGAAGCAGCAUUUCUAUACUAUUCCAGCCCAUUCGAAUCUCAUUUCGCAGGUAAAGUACGAGCCUCAAGAAGGGUACUUCUUGGUGACUGCUUCAUACGAUAUGACAGCAAAGGUCUGGUCUGCUCGAGAUUUCAAGCCAGUCAGAACGCUGUCAGGACAUGAAGCAAAGAUAACUUCAUUGGACAUUGUUGGGGAUGGAAGUUGCAUUGCGACUGUCUCACACGAUAGAACAAUCAAGCUCUGGACUAGCUCUAACAGCGUCAAGGAACAGGCUAUGGAUGUAGAUUAAACCGAGUCUCGAUGACCUAAGAUUAUAUGAGAGAGAUCAAUCAGACAUCAGAAAGAGUCAAUCUAUUAUAGUUCGGCUUUCAAGAAAGUGCAGGUUCGAGGCUAUGCAGCUUAAAGCAUAGGGACUAAACAGUGAGCCGCUACUGCAGUUUGUGUGUCUCCGUUGGAGCCUGAGAACGAACUUACGGGGUUCUUUGACAAGUAGAGUUUCAUGACUGAUCUUAUAUUUGCCGCGGCAUUUGUACGUUUUCACAAGCAUUUAUCCUAUAUACCGAUUUCAUGUAAGAUCAAUCUCACACGGUUCUCAUUCCUCCUUUCAGACUCAUUUUCUGUGAACGUGCUAUAACUUGGAAUCUUCAA